UCCGAUCAAUAACCGUCUCGCAUACACACCGAUCAUUGCCAACUGAUUUGAGACCGUGAUAAGACUACGUAUGUUGCAUGUUCUUUAGACAAUAUUUAUUUCGAUGUUCUUCAUGCAAGAUAUAAUCCAAAUAAUAUGUGCAUUUCAUAUAAUUUGUAUUGCGAACUUGGACAAUAAAGAAGCAAAGACAAGAAUGACAAGUACUCAGAAAAGUCCUCUUCUUGAGGCCUCUAAGAAGUACAAAAGAAGAAAACAAGAUACAGAAUACAAUCUCAUGGGAAGUGAGACAAUCUAUACUGCGAUUAUAAAGGAAUUUGAUUCCACAACCCAAACUGAUGUAAACUCUAUAUCCACUAGGGUAGGUGCUGAGACCUUUAAUUCAGAUGACUUCAACUCUGUGUGUGUCAAAGUCGAGGCUGAUGAAUGGUGUAAUGUAGCUGCUUGUUUUUAUUCUGGGUGUGUUGAAUAUGAACAGGUUCAAGGGGAAGAGAUAUGUCAAGAAACAGAAAUAUUCUAUGGUAGAGGAAAGCGUGAGGAUGUUUAUAUCCCCUGUCCAGGAAAGACCCUACAAGUUGGGACCAAGAAGGAGCCAGUGUUGGAUGAAAAACAGGAUGCUGGUGAUAAAUUCCCUGUGGAACACAAACUGAGGAUUUUAAACGCGUUGCCUCUGAGCCAGUUUGGUUCUCAAGAAGUUUUUCUAGAAUUUGAACAUGAUCAGUUUAUGCCAAGUGUACAACAUUCUUCCUCUGAUUUGACUCCUGUCAUUCAUUUGGCUUUAAAAACUGAGGCAAAUACUUCAAGCACCUCACCGGUUCAGGUUUUGCCUAUGAAUGUAAGCUCUACCAUAACAUGCGGAUUAGUGACAGCUGCUAGUUCUAAAUCGACUGACGCUUGGGGUAAAAAGGAGUGUUGUGAUAUAUCCAUUAUAAAAGAAGUUCCUCCACAUCAGCCCAUUGGUUUGUCAAGUGAUGUAGCAUAUAAUAUGGAUCGAAUAGCUUCAAUAUUACCAGUGAAUGAUCUGGAUGUUACAAUGCCUUUAAUCAGCUACGAUUCAAAGUCAAAUCUAUCGCAUAAAAUUUCUGAAAGUCAGAGCAAUAAAGUGCCUUUGUCGAUGAGUUCUAAAAUUGAAGAAGUUGCCAUGACAUCCGAGGAAGUGAAUUCCAAUCUGGUAAAUGAGUCUGGUGAUUUUUCUUCUGAUGAUUUUGAAGAGAUAUUCAUUGAUGGUGAUUGUUCUUCGGAUGAUUUUGAAGAGAUAUUCAUUGAAAGAAACAAAGGGGAAAGCAAGAGUUAUCCUUUAACGCUUUCGGCACCAACGAGGGUUUGUGGUGAAGGUUCUUCGAGAGGCUUUGUCAAGACAAGGGGUACAGAAAGAGAGAAUGCUGCAAAAACAACUGUCCCACUUUUUUGGAAACCAGCUAAGAGAAAAUUAGACAAACAUGGUGACCUAGUGAGUAAUAAGAGUGUGAAGAAAGCAAAGACACCGGAAAAGAACAAUUCUGAAGACUGUCUUCAAGAGAGGAAUCAAGCAAGCUGUACGAAUCUGGAACCUCCUGAUGAUGACCACUUUCUCUACUGUGUAGAAUGCAACAAGGAGUUUGAAGGGGACUGCGCUGUCCAUGGACCCUACAACUACAUACAGGACAAAGAGGUGCCAGAAGGGGACCCCCAUAGAGCAGACCAUACCUUACCAGAUGACCUAGCAAUUAAAACCUCAACAAUAUUUGGAGCUGGUCUUGGAGUAUUUACAAAAGUUGGACUGGAGUCCAGGAUUAUGUUUGGACCUUAUGAGGGCGAUAUUAUCGCUGAAAACAAUAAGUCAGGAUAUUGUUGGCAGAUCUAUAAGGAGGGCAAAACGAGCCACUUUGUAGAUGCCCAGGACAAGUCCACCUCAAACUGGAUGAGAUACGUAAACUGUGCAAUGAAGGAGGCAGAUCAGAACCUGGUAGCAUUUCAGUACAAAGGAGGCAUCUAUUACUGCACAUUUAAGCCAGUUUCAUCAGGGGAGGAACUUCUAGUUUGGUAUGGAGAUGAAUGCGCCAGAGAACUUGUCCUUAACAGAGAAGAUGGCUUCAUCAGAGAAAAGAAUUUGCAUUCCAGACUUAAAUAUGCCAAUGGAGAAGAAAUUUUCCAAUGUGUGUACUGCAAGAUAGCAUUCACAACUGCAGUCCUUUUUGUUCGUCAUUUGAUGAGAAUGCAUGGUGGUGAUCAACUAAGAUCCAAAGAUCUGCAAGUUCUGGAUCAGUGGCGUCUAGAAAAUGAUGAUCAAUAUCUGAUAUCGUAUUCAAAACUGAUAAAUCGUACAUCCAAUGAAAAACACCUCAACAGUAUUUCAAAUGUUACACAUAAUAAAAGUGACUUUUCACAAAGUUUCUGUGAUGAGCAAUUAACAAGUGUAAUAUUACAUAAGAAUAACAAUGUUGAGGUGAGUACUUAUACAAGUAAAAUCAGUAAUGGCAUGAAGACAUUUAAGAGGAUACCUACAGGAAAGAGACUGUACAAGUGUGAUGUGCGUGGUUAUGCAAGUUACAACAAGUGUAACUUUAAGAGACAUAUGGGGAUACAUACAUCAGAGAGAGUGUACAAGUGUGAGGUGUGUGGAAAUUCAUUUACCCAAAGUAGUGCCUUGAAUACACACAUGAGGAUACAUAAAGGAGAGAAACUCUUCAAGUGUGAGGUGUGUGGAAAUUCAUUUACCCAGAGUGGCCACUUGAAGAGACACAUGAUGACACAUACAGGAGAAAAACUGUACAAGUGUGAGGUGUGUGGAAAUUCAUUUACCCAGAGAAGUGUCUUGAAUUCGCACAUGAGGAUACAUACAGGAGAAAAACCAUACAAGUGUCAGGUGUGUUGUUAUGAAUGUAUCCAGAGUAGUACCUUGAAGACACACAUGACGAUACAUAUAGGAGAGAAACUCUUCAAGUGUGGGGUGUGUGGUUAUGCAUGUAACCGGAGGGAUCACUUGAAGAGACACAUGAGGAUACAUACAGGAGAGAAACUCUUCAAGUGUGAGGUGUGUGGUUAUGCAUGUAACCGGAGGGAUCGCUUGAAGAGACACAUGAGGAUACAUACAGGAGAAAAACCAUACAGGUGUGAGGUGUGUGGUUAUGAAUGUAUCCAGAGUGGUGCCUUGAAGACACACAUGGCGAUGCAUACAGGAGAGAAACUCUUCAAGAGUGAGGUGUGUGGUUAUGUAUGUAACCUAAGGGGUCACUUGAAGACACACAUGAGGGUACAUACAGGAGAAAAACUGUACAAGUGUGGGGUUUGUAGUUAUGCAUUUAACCAGAAUGGUACCUUGAAGACACAUAUGAGGAUACAUACAGGAGAAAAACCAUACAAUUGUGAGGUGUGUGGACAUUCAUUUACCCAAAGUAGUGCCUUGAAUACACACAUGAGGAUACAUACAGGAGAGAAACUCUUCAAGUGUGAGGUGUGUGGAAAUUCAUUUACCCGCAGUGAUACCUUGAAGACACACAUGAGGAUACAUACAGGAGAAAGACGGUACAAGUGUGAGGUGUGUGGUUAUGGAUUUUCCCAGAAAGCUUCUUUGAAUAGACACAUGAAGAUACAUACAGGAGUGGGAGUACACGUAUGAGGUGUGUGAUAAUGUGGUUAACAAAGUUAAAUAAACAAAUGGGUAAUAAAGAAUAAGAGUAUGGUUUAGGUCACCUAAGCACAUACGGCUUAUGGGUAGCUUUAAGGAAACCCUGUCGUCUGUUGUAUGUAAUAUGUGCAUCUUUUUUUCUUAAAAAAGAAAACAUCAUUUUUUGUUAUAUUUUUAUACUUAAGAUUUCAAUUUUUUACUGUUAUAUAAAAGGAGGAACAACAUUUACCUUGAUUGUGAAAUAUUGGAUAUGAAGUAUUAUUAUGCCCCCCUUCGAAGAAGAGGGGGUAUAUUGUUUUGCACAUGUCGGUCAAUUGGUCGGUCGGUUGGUCCGUCCACCAAAUGGCUUAAGGAUGAUAAAUCAAGAACGCUUAGGCCUAGGAUCAUGAAACUUCAUAGGCACAUUGAUCAUGACUGGCAGUUGACCCAUAUUGAUUUUGAGGUCCCUAGGUCAAGGUCUCGGUCAAGGCCACGUUUUUUUUGUUGGGGGGUGCAUAUGUCUCCAACCGCGGAACACUUGUUUAAAAUGUUAUUAAGUAAUUUAUUAAAAAACUGGUGCUUAUGUGGUUCAUUUACAUAUUUCAGAUGAUUCACUGAAAGUUCAAUUAACAAUGCAUUAAAUAACAGUACUGGUAUUAAUAAAUUGAGCAUUGGUAUUGCAAAAAUGGGUCUUCUGCCAUAGUUCAAGGCCCUCCUAUCUAUUGGCACAAAACCUGUCCACUAUCAAAAGGUGUCGUUGUCUAACAAGCUGACAGGGUAGCUCUAAAUCAGACUGCACUAAUGCACAGGCUUGUCUGGAGCUAUUCUGGCUGCAUAUAGCAUGAGCAUCAUUUUUGCAUGACGCGACUUAAUUGAUGUAGAAAAUGUUUUUAAUUAGCACCACAUGAUAUCUAUUCAGUGCUUUAAUUUGUAAUGCAUGUUCAAGAAGUGUUUUAAACAUGCCCAUGUUUUCAAAGUUAGGAAGAAAGUUCGUUGUGUUUAACCAAAAAAGGAUGUGUUUUUUUAAAAGUGAUAAUGUGUUCCUAAAAUAAAGAAUGAUAUUAAAGUUGAAUACAAGAAAAUGAGCUGA